AUGUUUCUUAUCUUUUUCUCUUUUUGCUCAGUGUUUUCUCCAUUCCUGCAAGUUUGGAAUGGUGAAGGCAAUGAUUGGCUGGAUCCAGGGGGAUGGAGAGUAGUGCACGCCCCACCCACAACCAAUUUCCGAGAAAAUAUUUUUUGUUGCAAAGUAGAUAAGUCUCUUUGUCUGCAUUUCUGUCAAUUUAUCAACUUAUUUUUCUAUCUUAAACUAUUUAUAUAUUUCUUAAUUGGUUCUUCUCUUUCUCUACACUACUGUUUAUAUCUAUCUCACUUUGUUAAUAUCUGUCUAUCUCACUCUCUUUCUAGCACUCUAUCCCACCCUCUCCACAUCUUUCUGUCUAUCACACUCUCUAUAUUUCUGUCAAUCCCACUCUCUCAGCCUGUCUGUUAUUUUCUCUCUCUCUAUCCCACUCUGUUAUUACCUCUCUCUCUCUCUAUUUAUCUCUCUCUGUCCCUCUGUUAUUAUCUCUCUCUCACUAUGCCAGCCUUUUAUUAUCUCUAUCUGUAUAUCCUGCUCUCUCCACAUCCCAAUCCACAUACAUCUCUAUCUAUCCCACUCUGUUAUUUUUUCCCUCUCUCUCCCAUUCUGUUAUUAUCUCUCUCUCCCACCAUUAUUUUGUCUCUCUCUUUCUAUGCCACUCUUUUAUUAUCUCUCUCUCUCUCUGUCUAUCCGACGCUCUUAUUAUCUCUCUCUCUCUCUCUGUCUAUCCCAUGCUCUUAUUAUCUCUCUCUCUCUCUAUCCCACGCUCCACAUCCUACUCUGUUUAUCCUACUCUUUUAUUAUCUCUCUCUCUUUCUAUCCUACCCUUUUAUUAUCUCUCUCUGCCUAUCCUACUCUGUUAUUAUCUCUCUCUCUCUAUUCCAUUCAGUUAUUAUCUCUCUCUCUCUUUCUAUGCCACCCUUUUAUUAUCUCUUCCUAUCCCAUCGUUAUUAUCUCUCUCUCUCUCUUUCUAUGUCACCCUUUUAUUAUCUCUUCCUAUCCCAUCGUUAUUAUCUCUCUCUCUCUCUUUCUAUGUCACCCUUUUAUUAUCUCUCUCUGUCUGUCCCACCCUGUUAUUAUCUCUCUCUAUCCCACUCUCUCCACAUCCCACUCCACAUAUAUCUCUUGUCUAUACCACUGUUAUUAUCUCUCUUUCUCUUUCUAUCCCACCCUUUUAUUAUCUCUCUCUGUCUAUCCCACUCUGUUAUUAACUCUCUUUCUCUCUCUCUAUAUCCCACUCUGUUAAUAUUUAUCUUUGUUGAUAUCUACCAUCUCUAUCUAUUUUAUUAA